AUGGAACCAAGAUCAAGAGAGACUACUCCUACAAAAGAGGAUUUGGAUUUUAUAGUUGACGAUGGUUAUAGACAUGAAGAGGAUCCAGAUUAUGUUCCAAACGAAAAAAUUAUUCUUAAAGGACCAGAGUUUAAGAGAUUAACCAGAAAUGCUAAAAACUUGGUGCAAAAACAAUUGAUUAUUCAACCCAAAAAAUAAAAUUGAUUUAUGGCUUAAAGAUUAUCUAAAUAUUAAUAAAAUGCAGUUGUCAAGUUACGAAAAUAUUACCCAAGAGAAUAUUAUCUUUAAUGAAGCCAAAGAGUACAAAGUCAAAGAUAGCAAGAUUAAAUACAAACGUAUUCCAAUUGAAGUCAAAUAUCCAAAUAACAAAAAAGGACCACUUGUAGUUGAAUCUCCAGUUCUUUUUAGUUUUGGUGUUAAUGAAAAGAAAAAUCAAGAAACAGGUAAAUUAGUUGGUUAUAGUAUUCCAGUAUGUCUUUGGUCUAAAGAUAGUGAA